AAAUUCAACAAAACACAGCUGAGCUGCUGCUGCUGCUGCUCCGACAACUUUCAGAGUUUUCUUUUGUUUUCUCAACUGAUGCUCAGUCCACCUCUGUCUGCCUUUCACCUCCGCUGCCAGCACUUUUAGCACCAUGAACCUCGAUAUGACACUAUUAAAACUUCUUGCAGUGCUCCUCCUGCCAGCAGCGUGGGCUCAGAGCAGCAGCAGCAGGCUCGGUGUGGUGGUGGAGGCCAAGAACAUCACCCUCCCCGAAGGGUCUAAGGCCGUCCUGCCCUGCCACAGCCCCCGCAUGGUGUGGACCCAAGACCGACUGAAGGACCGGCAGAGGGUGGUGCACUGGGACGUGGUCCGCAGCAGCCCCGAAUACUCUGUGGAGCGAGUCCUGGAUAUGUCACCCGGAGCGCGACUGAGAGUCUACAACGGCUUCAACAAGGGACGCGUCUCGGUCCCAGAAUCUGCUUUUAACGACGGAAACUUCUCCCUCAUCAUCAACAAUGUGGUCACGACAGACAGAGGAGUGUAUACCUGUAAUCUGCACCAUCACUACUGCCAGAUCCACCAGUCCAUUCAAAUCCAGCUCAAUGUCACUAAAUCAGCUCGGAAAGAGAGGCGUUACUGGGACGGGGAGAAGACUGUUUUCAUAGUCCUGCUCGGCAGCUCCGUCGUGUUGCCUUGCGUGAACCGGCGCCCCCUGUGGAGGGAGGGUCUCCAGGAGGACCAGCAGCAGGUGGCUCACUGGGACUUCCAGGCCCCUGGAGUGCGUCCUGACAGAGCCGAUCGCCUCGUCGACCUCUACGCCUCCGGAGAGCGCCGGGAUUAUGGACCCCUCUUCGCCCAGAGCAAGAUGAGUGUGGAGGAUGAUGCUUUCACUCUGGGGGACUUCUCUCUCUCCAUUUCUGCCCUGAAGCCUGUCGACAGAGGCCUGUACUCCUGCAACCUCCAUCACCACUACUGCGGCCUGAGUGAGAGACGCAUCUUCAGGCUCACAGUGGGACCCCCGCUUCCGUCCGCUCCCACUACAGCACCUAGAGUUUUCCAGAAUGAGGAGCCAGAGGAAAGGACUGAAGAGUCUGAGAGCCCACGCGUUGUGACCGUCAUCCUCCCUGAGCAUCGAGGUUAUUUCUUGCAGCAUCUGGGCUACUUCCUGGCAACUUUCUUACUGCUGGCGUUCAUCGUUGUCGCUGUAAUUGUGCUGACUCGGCGGCGCAAAAAGAGAGGGCUUGAGUAUGAGCUGCGCGGAUCUGAGCGGAGAAAUAGGAUGAGUCAAGGUGAAAUGUCAUUAGAUUGCACUGAACUGAAGGCCUGUAACCAAGCCCCUCUGAAUUCAGAGUACAAAAACAACCUGCUGAAAGAGCGAGAUAUGACCAAAGACUGCAAUAACGACUUUGAAGGAAAGCUGUGGAAGUGAGUGCAUGUUGCUGAGCUGCUGGCAGGUCCAGAGCAAACACGGGAAGAGUUAAAAAAAGACUGUGGAGAGAAAGAGGACAAAGAGGAGGAAACCCAGGAGAGGACAGGAGGAAAGCUCCCUCUGCUGUUACUCCAACACACUAAGCUUACACUAAGCUUUUUCACUUAAAGCCAUAAUACGUUUGUCACAUGUUUUAUAUAUAUAUAUAUAUAUAUAUAUCAUGCAUUUGCAGCAGCUGUUCUAACAAUGUGGUUAUACAUAUACUGGAUUCUUACUCUUGACAUUCAUAUUUGGUUUAAGUUUAAAAUUAGACAUAUUGUAUGUUGUUUUUGUUAGGUUUUCUUCUUUCUUUUUUUUUUUUACAAAAAUGCAUGCUAUUCGUUAAAGUAUGUUUUAUUUGUACUUUGUAUGCUUACAGGGAUGCAUCUAAUAGUUUUCCAAUUUGCACAAAAUAUACUGUAAUUUCUAAAGGCAUUUUAUUGCUUAAGUUACUGUAUGAGAAGAGAUUUUGGAAACAAGUGACACAUUUUUACGGAUAAAUGAUUCCCCCCCAACAGGUGUUGCAGCGAUGGAAGCGGGCAAGCGAACUGGUUCAGAUAGAAGUGAUUCUACACGGCCUAUAAAGCCUCGCAAUUUUUUUCUAAUAAGCUCCAUGACUAGAAAGUUGGUAAAAAUAGGAUAUAUAUUGGAGAUGCUUUUGAAAAAUUGAGAGAGUAAGUUUUCUAGACUUAUCCAGAGCUGGCUAAACACUGAAGCUUCAAUGUCUGCGAAAUGGCGAACUGUGUACUCUAGGGAGGAGGGGGUGGGACGAGACAACGCUCUCCAAUGUUUUGAGUCUGGAUUGGAUUCUACAUGUCUUGAGUAACAUAUUGUUCCUUUAAAUUGUACAGUUCAUUUAGAAAACACUUUUAUACAAAGCGAUAAAGAAACCAGAGAGGGGAAAAUGUACCUUUUGAAAAAACUUUUAAAAGAUUUUACAAAUCAACUUUUUUUUUUCCAUUUAGUAUUUUAUCUAAGUGCAUUGUACAACAGUUCAUUGAUUGCUCAUCAGGUGAAAAAUGAAAUUAUUGGACUAAAGGCUCAGUCAACCAAAACUCAGGAAAUAAGAAGUUUCUAAUAGAUUUUUUUCAGGGUUUAAUUGCAUUUGGCAUUUACAAUAAUCCCUGUUUGUUUUUCAACACUGACUAAAUCACUACUAAAUCUGCUGGCACAAAACAUGUUACAAACUGUCUGGCUAAUAGCUGUAUGAGGAGAGCUGCAGGAAACAGAGCGCUUCAUAACUGUGUCAGUUAUGCUCAAUCACACAAUGUUACAGUAACCCCCUUUACAUUUUUUUUUUUUGUCUCUUGCUCACGUGCACAUUCUUAUGUUGUUCUCUACUGAGAAAAGAUUUCUCUCAAUAAAGAUUCAAAACAUU